CAGUCGCGGCGCGCGAUUGUCGAUUGUCGCCAUUGUGUCGAGCGAGCGACGGACGCGCGGAGCUCGCGCUCGUUUGAUUUGCAACACGCGAUACGAUAACGCAAACCGAGUUAAUCGAUCGUGUAAUAACAGUUACGUAUACAAUGAUAACAGUUGUUUAUAAUUACUGAUAAUUUGUUUGUUUUUCGUAUUGAGAUUUUGUGUGUGUAGUGCCGGCGGGACUUUUUUGAAACGUGAUUGAAAGGCUUCAUCGUGGAUCUGGAGUUACACCAACGUGCCAGCGGGCACUUUAUGAGUGCCGCUGGUGCGAUGUGCGACCGAACUGGCUUCGGGUCAUCCAUGGGACACUUCCCCAUGGGCCCCAUGUCCGCCAUGGGUGCCAUAGGGACUAUGAGCUCCAUAUCAGCGAUGAAUGGGCCCCAGCAGAAGAAAGUUCAGGAGGAACAUAUCAAAAGACCUAUGAACGCCUUCAUGGUGUGGUCCAGGCUACAGAGGCGGAAGAUCGCACAGGAUAACCCGAAGAUGCAUAAUUCGGAGAUUUCUAAGAGAUUAGGUGCCGAAUGGAAGCUUCUGUCAGAAGACGAGAAGCGGCCCUUCAUUGACGAAGCGAAGCGCAUCAGAGCCAUGCACAUGAAGGAGCAUCCUGACUACAAGUACCGGCCGAGGAGGAAGCCCAAGACUCUGAGGAAGGAGGGGUAUCCUUACUCCAUACCCUAUCCUAGUGUGCCCAUGGAUGCCCUGAGAGCUGGUAUGGCAGGCGGUGGCAUGGGCCAAGCCAUGGGAGGGUACUAUGGAGCAGCGUACGGUCCGCUCGGAGCCAGCAUGGCGGCGGCUGCGGCUGCAGCAGCUCAGCAAAAUGCUAUCAGUGCUGCUUUAACGCCUAACCCACAGGUUGGCUCAUCAAUGGACAUGUCGAAGUACUCGAUAGAAGCGGAAAAAUACCGCAGCUACGGUAUGUACCCAGACCCCUCUCGAGGAUACCUGGACUCCGCAGCCCUGUCCAAGGCAUACAUGUACAUGGACCAGCAGCAACAACGCUCCUACCCUGUCGACAUCAGUAAGAUGUACUCCGAAGCAUCAGCAGCCGCUAUGGCAGGACUGAGCUCCGUCAACUCAGCUCCAUCCAGUCUCUCCCCAAGGUCCCCCACUGAUUCCCCAGACAUGACUCCCAAAGCCCAAGACAGGACUGAAGGCUCCUCAUCAUCAGGGUCAAACCCCUCUCCCUCUCUCCCGUACUACCAAGGAUCCUCAAGUAUCCUCAUGCCACAAUACCCUGGACAGUACCCCCAAAGCACCCAAGGGGGUCCAGAGUUCCGACGACCCCUCACAGUCAUAUUUUGACCUGAAACCUAGUUUGUUGUUGUUGAUUUUUAUUUAUUUGUUUAUUUUUAUAGUUUUCGAACGACUGCGUUUUUUACGUUAGUUCUCUAUCGAAUUUUAGGGAUGUGUGUGUAGGUGUUUUUUUAUUAAAUUGAAAUUGACGUUUUUCGUCUUUAUAUUACUGGUACGAUUCCAGGUGAAUUGUCAAAAUUAUAUGAAAAAAUAUUAUUUCUAUUUGAAAGAUUCGAUUUAUUUUAUAACAAUGCGAAGUUUAAAGACUAAAUUGUUCUGUCUGAAUUUUUGGUCAUUUAAAACCAGUGUUGGACUUUAAUUUUUUUUAUUUCGUACUCCCAAAGUUCCUUCUUAAUUUCUUCGGAAAUAGAUUAAAAUUAUUAGAUAUUAUUAUGUGUAUAGGUAUGUGAGCCUACUUGUACAUUGUGAAUAUAGUUAGUUGUCAAAUAAGAUCUGUCUCUUUGUCGGUGAAAAGUUAAAUAUUACUCAUAGCUAUUAAAAAACAGCUUGUUUUGCUGGUUAAUUAAAAAAAAUAUUGCUGGAUCUAAACACCUACGGCUACUAAAAAAAGUAUCAAAUUUUUCACCGACAAAGUAAUAUUUUAUCGUAAUUAUUGUGGCGAUAACACUAUAAAUAUUCCAAUAAAUAUUAUGUCAAAUCUUGAAUAAUAUUUUUUGAAUAAAUCAUAGUCGUAGUGUUAUUUUCACAAUGAUUUAUUGGAAUUUUAAAAGUCCACAAUUACAACGACUUUUGAUAUUAUUUGUAAAUAUAGUUAAAUAAUAAUUAUUGUUAUAUUUUUGUCUCUAGAUUCGUAUGUGUCAUUUUGUAAAAUAUUAUAAAAAAAAAUGUUUAAAUGUCUUAACUGUAAUAGGAUAAUGUAAUAAUUUGUUCAAUGUCGUUUGUAAAAAAACCGUUACACAAUCUAAUUCUAUCCGCCAUUUUGGUUAAUUUUGAAAAUAUGGACUGAUUUUGACUUUUUAACAACUUUUUUUUUUAAUACAUAGUUUUUAGGGCAGAUUAUUUUAAUGAUUCCUAGUUUAUAUUCCUGUAAAACUUACAUUCCAUAAGAUUAUUCUUUUUAAAUUAAUCUGUCAUUUGUAACUAUGGAUUUUCUUUGUUUAAAAACAUUCCAUUUACAAAGUUAAUUAUACCUAUUGUUUUAACAUCAAUUAGUAUAAUAUUCAGUGACUACUGAAUAUUUUGCAAACUCCAGAUCCAUAUUGCUCUUGGAUCUUCAAAACAACGGCCAUUUUUAUUCAAUUUGCAUUUAUGAGUUGCCAUAUCAAAUAAUUAUUACAUUUUUUUACUGCAACACAUUUUGACUUAAGUAAAAUAUAUCCUGUAAGUUAAAUACAAAAUAACUUUUUAAUCAUUAUUAAUAUUUAGGUACAUAAAUUGUAAUUUAUGGAGAAAUUUAAAAAUAAGCGUAUUUGUAUAAAUAUGUUGUAUAUUAUAGCCGAUUGUAAUGACGGGACUAUGAAUAUCUCGAUUAAAAAAUAUUAUACGUAAUUAAAAUUAUUAGAAAAUUUA